CUUGGGGCCCAGUCUGCCCCAGUCCUGCCUGAACCUUAGGAGGAGUUGGAGUGGCUGGCGCCAGCCCUGCACCUUAUCAAAUUGAACUGGUCUCAACUCCUGUGCAUGCCUGUCGCUCUGGAAAUGGCGCUGCUUCUCCUUCUCUUUGGGGGCUUCUGGGUCCAGGUGGUGAGCCAAGAGUCUCUGGUGAACAUGACGCAUAACACAGGAAGAUCCUCUGCUUCUUCAGUCGCAGGUAGCUUUGAAACCGGGAACUUCAAAUCAGAUAACUCCGCCAUGCCAAUAACAAGUGACCCUAAGGAGGCCAGUAGCACUGGAAGCCUGGUCUCAAACCCACCCUCCUCAACUACCUUUACAACCAGUGACGUGACCCACCCUCAGACUUUCACUGGCGCCAGCACUGGGCCCCCUGUACCUGAGCCAACAACAUCCCAGGAAGUGUCCACUGAGAAGUCAUCAGCACUCCCCCAAACCUCUAAUGCAACUAGUGACCCUUCUGUCACUGAAGCAGUGAAGUCUUCGGGAAACCUCACUGUGACAAGUGAAAACAUGACAUUUGACUCUCUGGACACCUCCAAUGUGACUAAUAAGCUCCCUGUCGUCAUGACAACUAGUUCUCUGGAGACCUCCAACAAGACCAGUGUACCCUUUGUUACUAAGGCAACUAGCUCUCUGGAAACCUCCAAGGAAACCAGCAGACCCCCUGUCACCAUAGCAACUAGCUCUCUGGAACCUUCCAAUGAGACCAGUGGACCCCUUGCCACCAUGACAAGCAGCUCUCUGGAACCCUCCAGUGAGACCAGUGGACUCCCUGUCACCAUGACAACUAUCUCUCUGGAACCUUCCAAUGAGACCAGUGGACCCCCUGUCACCAUGACAAGCAGCUCUCUGGAACCCUCCAAUGAGACCAGUGGACUCCCUGUCACCAUGGCAACUAUCUCUCUGGAACCUUCCAAUGAAACCAACGGACACUCUGUCACCAUGACAACCACCUCUCUGGGGACCUCCACUGUGACCAAAGGACCCCCAGUGUCUAGCAUAAAAACCUCUGCAUCUACUACCUCCCAGUCCUCUAUAAGCAUAAGCACUAGCUCCCCGCAAAAAUCAGGGUCGAAUGGCAUGCUGCUGGUACCUGUGCUUGUGGCCCUGCUGGUGGUCAUAGUCCUCCUGGCCCUGCUCCUGCUGUGGCGCCGGCGACAGAAGAGGCGAACCGGGGUCCUGAUGCUGAACACAGGUGGAAAGCGCAAUGGAGUGGUGGAUGCCUGGGCUGGGCCAGCCAGGGUCCCUGAUGAGGAGGCCACAACCACUCCAGGGGGAGGUGCUGGGGGCAACAAAGACUCUAGGGUCCUUGAGACGGAGGUGUCUGGCCAGCGGCCCUUGCUCACCACUUUCUUCAGCAGACGGAAGUCUCGCCAGGGCUCCUUGGUGCUGGAGGAACUAAAGUCUGGGUCAGGUUCCAACACAAAGGGGGAAGAGGAGCCACUGGUGGGCAGUGAGGAUGAGGCGGUGGAAGCCCCCACUUCCAAUGGGCCAGAAGUGGGGGAUGGGGUUGCACGUUCAAGUUUUUAAAUAAUGCAAUUCUGAGGAUCCCUGCCAUCUGCCAUCACCUCCUCCCUUAGCAUCGCUUCCAACCCCUUCCUCACCCAGCACACUCACUCAGCACCCUCUGGGUUCUUGCCCAGCGUCUUGACUCAGAAUUGCACCUACCUUCUCAACCCUGAGCCUCCCGCCAGCAUUGUUACCCAGUGCCACAUCUGUCACCUGGGCCGGGGCGCACCUGCAGAAUAGAAUGUUUGUGAACGGAAAGACUCAGCCUUCUCAUUGACCACCGCUUUCCCCACCGCUUCCCCAUUACUUUUUGUUCUUGGAACCAGCUGCUGAGUCUCCAUGAUGCCAAACUUCACUUGAUUUCUCAAAGGAUCUCUCUUGAGGACAUUGGAGAAGGAAAUGACAAUCCCCCAAAUUCCUUAGGAUUCAACUUUGUAGAUGACCCAAGUCCCUCAGGUAGGACAGUCCUACUGGGCCAGCCCAGGGACCUGCAUUCACUCUGGACCAGCCAGGAGCCGGGACUGGACAGGGCUAUCCAGCUGUGUCCUCUGUGACAUUUCCCAGAGCACUGGACUCUGGGCUGGCCCAUAGCCCAAGCCAUGACCCUGUCCCCGACUUGUGGACUGAAGCGGCCAGUGACUUCAUUAUUUCGUCUUCCACGGACAAAGAUGAAAAGACUUUCUGGCCUCGUAUAGUUCUCAGAGGCCCCACAACUGCCGGGGUCCACUCAAGGUGCCAUUUGUGCCAGAGGUGAGGAUUCCAUGGUGUUUACGGAGGGUGAUAGAAAGUGCAGUGGGAGGGAUGGGACAGAAAGUGGGCAGAGACUAAGGAGAUGCCAAACCCAGGGUGGGGGACCCAGGGACUGCUCAGAAUAUAUGUGCUCUUGUCUUGGUUCAGACGGGGUACACCCAGCAAAAAAUCCGAUUCUCUCUGUAGCCCCCCCCCCCAAAAAAAAAUGCCAAUUUUGCCAACUUGAUAAAAGGACCAUAUGUGUCA